AUAACUAUGAACUUUUCAAAAUAUAACAUACAUAACUUCUAACACAAUCUUGUAACAUUUAUGCACUGUAAUCUACUUCAACAAAAAAAUUUACUACCAGAAUUUAUUUAAUUACAUACUUGCUACUGACUAAAAACUAUGCAUAUGAUGCAUUGUGAAUACAUAAUAAGGUUGAGCUCAACAUUUUAAAUGGUUAAAAAUGGAAAAUAAAACAUCAUUAAAUUAUUUGAUGAAUGUAAAAAACAAAGUUAAUAAAUAUGAAAAAAAUUUAUGACUAUAAAUAAAGGUUUAAGGCAUUAUUUACCAAGACUCAAAAUUGAGUUUUUCCCUUACUAUCCACAAUGCCUCAUUGUCAGUGUUCUUCAGCAGAGAGCCAUUCACUUCACAUAUCCUAAUACAUAUAUUGAUGUAGCCCCUAUGAAAUAUCAUACAGUGGAUGAUUAUAGCAGCACUGACAUGCCAUAUGGGUAAUUUCCAUAUGGGAUCCAAGAGUAACCACUCACACACAAAGCAAUCAAGCUAGCAGAAGGUUCCUGUGAAAUUCCUAGUGAAAAUAAGAAAUUUUGCAGUUUAAAGUGUCUAUAGUCAUAUAUAACAAUGCUUGUGGUAAAGUAAUACUACUAGUACAUAAUUAUAAAUAUGCAAGAAAUAACAACUGAGGAAAAAGAUUUGUGUAAGGAUAUUGCACAGUAUAUAUAAAAAAUUUAACUGCAUGUCUGGCAAACUGAAAAGUGAUAAAAUGGUUGCAUUAUCUCUUGUGAAAACACUGUACAUUAUCACUGGUGUUCUGGAGUUCCUGCUGAAUCUGAGGGCACUGACCUUCCUUAUAAGUAAUCCACAGAGGCCAAUAAUGCCCAUAAUAAUCUAUGGCUUGUCUGACACACUGUCAGGGGCUCUUGCUGGUGUUGGCUUAUUAUGUGAUGGCUGUCUUUACUUUGCCAACUUAUUAUACAGCAAUUCAUGUGCUAGAUACUUUUUAAUUUACUCUUUAUUACUUUUUCCACUAGUGACCAGCAGCUUCUCUGCACUAGGAGUUGCUAUUGAGCGUUAUCAGGGCAUACUAACAGCAUCCUCACAUUCUGAUAGCUUUCUACGCACUUUCUCUCUUAUGUGGGUUAUGACAUCAUGGUUUAUUGCCUUGGCAUUUAUGAUUGUGUUAAGGGGUCACACAAAGGUAUUGUCUGUAUAUGCUGUACAAGACAAUGAAUUCUACUGGGAAAAACACAUAGAAAUUCGAAAUAACAGAGGUCUCCUGGAAGAUAUGUGGGAACACAACAGUCAGCACGAUUGGUCAAGUGAUUAUCGUGAGAAUGUUAUCAUUGGGUUGAUUUAUGGAAUUGUUGGAGGCAAUAUUUCACAUGCUGCACUUGAAAAGUUUCGUGGAAUCCCAAAACUUAAACAAAAGCAAACUGAAAACCUACAAAUUAUUAAAAGGCUACAUGUAGCUCUUGGGAUAACUGAUGAUGAUCGACAAAGAGUAUUUGGAGAAUUAAGUAAAGCCCCUGAAAAUAUCAAUCAAGGAAACAAUGAUACCAUUCUUAAUGACAUACAAAAUCCUAUUAAAACCAGUAAUGAAAAGGAUAACUUUAACAAAUCAAACAUUACAAAUUCCAAGACCUUCAAGCCAACAUCAAUAACAAUUAUAAAAAAUUUGCAAAAUAAUUCUUUGAUGAAUGCCACAAGAAAAUUCCAAACAAGUGAUGUGGAAAAGCAAAUGGAGGACCAUGAAGCUUUACUGACACAGGUACCAAAUAACAUCACCACUCAGAUAACACAAGCAAAUGUUACUUCCAUACAUCCCCUUGAUGUACAAAUGGUGACUCCAGUCAUAAAAACAGUGAAUAUGGAUGAUGAAAAUUUGUCAAACAAAUCAGAGGUACCUUCAGUGGGUACAAAAAACAUUUUUGAUAUUUUUGAUACAAGAGAAGGGCUACACAUUACCACAGAACUACAGACACAGAACAGUUUACUUUCAAAAUUAAGUGAAACCAAAAUAUUAACUACAGAAUAUCCUUACAAAGAGAUUGUGAGUGAAAACAUAAAGGAAACUACAACUACUGAAGCUACUCUAGCAAUUUUUGACCAUAAUAAAAGCUUAAUUAAUACUAGCAUCAGUACCGAGAGCUAUCAAGAAAGCUACAAUCGUGCUCCAAUAACAGACACAUCAACAAUGGCACCAUUUUCUAAAAAAGACACAACUAUGGAAUAUACAUCCCAGGAAGAAUUAGAAAAUGUAUUUUCAAAUGCAACUUACACCAAUAAAAUAUUAAGCAACAUAAGAGAAAAACAACAUGCAUCUGAGGCUAUGGGGAUUACAGAAACUUUUGAAAAUAAUGAAGCAGAAAUCCCAAGCACCACAAUAAUGACAACAUCAAACACUGUGGCCAACUGCAGUGACACAUCCUUAAACAACACUACAAAUAAACUGCCAUUCACCACGGAAGACAGAUAUUCCAAUAUUCCACCUGCAACAAACAGCACCUCGACAGCAUGUCAGGCACAGGUACAAACUUUUAUAAACUUUAUUUGGAUAAAAUUUACACCCAACUUUCUACCAAUUUUCAUGACGGCUCUCUUUGUGAUGGUAUUUUUAAUGCCACUGUCAGCAACUGCUGGGUUAUACACCAGAAUAGCCUGGCUUCUCUGUCAUCACCCUACACCACUGCUGACUACAGUUUCAACUUAUUCCUACUGGUCACAUUCCAAGAAAGCAAUAUAUUGGGAGGUGGUGAUCCUCAUAGUAUACUUCAGUUGCUGGAUGCCCUUCCUGACAGAACGUCUGCUCUAUGCAUGGGAUGUAAUUAAUGACCUGCCCUCUAUACUGCCUGCAACACUGUUUCUCCUUGCUCACAUUCACAGCCUACUACGAGGAAUAUUCUACAUGUUUAACCACACACAGGUUUUAGUACAAGUUUGUGAUGUAUCUGCAGCAACAGCUGGUACCAGAGGUUGUACCAAUGCAACAGCUGCCAUGGAAGGUGCAAACAUGAGAAUACAUCUCCAAGACAACCCAAUCUUAGGAAACACAGCCAUAAGAAGUAAGGAGUCUUCAAGAGCAGCUCCCCAAGUUCCUCUCUCCAUGCUACAUGAAAACACAGAAGAUGUGCCAUCAUCUGACUUGCAUGGAAACUUAGUGACACCACCAUUAUCAAAUUUGGCUACCCUUCCAAAUAUGCCUGAUGUGGCACCACAACAAUCAGUUUCAAGCAAGCAAGCAUAAGAAUGACAAGACAUCCAUAUUUCAAAAUACUAUACUGUAUGUAUAAGUGAGAUGAUUUCAACAUGUUUAGUAUAGGUAUGGCUUACAAAUGUAUUCAUUUCAAGUACUCUAGU